AUGUCUCGACGUCUUCUUCUUAUCAACGGUCCAAACCUCAACCUCCUCGGUACACGAGAGCCUCACAUCUACGGCUCAACAACCCUCCAAGACGUGGAAACCCAAGCAAAAGCCCAAGCAAAGGAACUCUCCGCCUCGAUCGAUACCUUCCAGGCCAACUCGGAGGGCGCGAUAGUCGACCGCAUCCACGCGGCGCGCGGCGAGACGGACGCCAUCAUCAUCAACGCGGGCGCGUACACGCACACGAGCGUCGCCAUCAGAGAUGCCCUGACGGGCGUGGACAUUCCGUUUGUCGAGGUUCACAUUACGAAUGUGCAUACGCGGGAGGCGUUUAGGCAUCAGAGCUUUCUGUGUGACAAGGCUGAGGCUGUUAUUUGUGGGUUGGGGGUUUUUGGGUACACGGCUGCUAUUGAGUAUGCGGCUAAGCAUCUCAAGUUGAGGGGAAAGGCGUCGAGGCUGUGA